AUGGCUGACUUUUCAAGGCCAGAGCUGGCUAUUUCGAGCCCUUCUGGUAAAAAGAGAAGAGUCCUCGGUGAAAUCCAGAAUACAGACCAUAGUUUUGUAAAACCAAUGAUGAUAAAUCACGGAAAAAAAUCUUUAGGGGUAGAUCACCCAAGAAUGGAUACUAUUUCUCCUAAGAGAAAACAAAGCCGUCCAACAGGCAUACCAGAGCCCUCUAGUUCAAGCUCAUCUGAGUUGGUAAAAGUGGUUUCAGAAUCCAAUAGGAGGGCCAGUCAAAUUCCAGCACCUCAAGUUCAUACUAGAAAGAGUGACAUUCAUUCGAAACUUGCCAGCUUCAAACAUAGACUAGAUCAAGGAUCUAAGAUUAUACCUGAUGGAAAACAAGAAGAGGGUUGGAACGCUAAUGAGUCGAAUCAACAAAAUGAAGAUUUAUCUACCCGUAUAUCUCUUAAUCAAAAUCUAGACAACCAAGCCAAAGAUUUACAAAAUAGAUUAUACGAUUUAGAACAAGAUAACGACGAUUUGAGAAGAUUGUAUAAGAAACUAAAACAUAAAAUACUGGAUAUAGGAGCGGAAAUAGAUAUACUGGAGAGAAAAUUGCGGUUUAAAACCGACUCUACUGAAAAAAAUUUAAGUAACAAAAGAACUCUAUUUGAAAUUGAUCUUCAAGCAUUAAAACAAAAAUACGAUGAUGAAUUCAAUGAAACCAAGUUUCAAUUGGAAGAAGAAGUCAAAUUGUCAGUCGAGUACAAGGAUGAACUCUUAUCUAAUGAAAUAGAAUCCCUCAAAAUUGAAAAGGAAAGAUUACAAACAGCUUUGAGUGAUGUUAAGUCAGAAAAACAGAAACGGAUAAAACAAGAAAAUGAAGCUUUGCUGAAAGAGGUUGAUGACUACCUCGAAGUGAAAACAACUCAAGUUGAAAAUGUUGCAUCGGUUUAUGAAUCAAGAAAUAACGAGUUAGAAACAAUCCUAGAUGAAGUUAAUGCCAUUCAGAAUAAAGUUAAAUCAAAAAAUCAAGAAAAUGAUCAUUUACAAAAAAAAAUUGAUGAAAUAGAAUACAAUUAUAACAAUUUUGAUGACUUGAAAUCCCAAUUAUUGCUUAAUUUGAAAGCUCUGGAAACCGAUUUAGAUGAAAUUAGAAAAGAAAAUGAUCAAUGGGAACUAAAAUAUGAUGAUUUGAAGAAAAUUCACAAUCACUCAGUGGAAAAAAUUCAAAACUAUAAUAAUCAUAGACGCAUACUUGAGAAUUCAAUAAUGGAUCACGAAGGAAAAUUGAGGGUUUAUAUUAAAAUACCAACUAGCAUUGCUGUCUCAAAUGACUGUGAAUUUUCCCUAAAUGAUCGCCUAUUUCAUUUCAAUAAAGUUUUUCCGAAUGAUAUAUCUGAUCAUGAAUUGAUUAAAGAAUAUACUUGUUUGAUCAAAAAUACUAUCUCAAAUACAAAUGUCUCAUUAAUACUUCUGGGAGAACAAGAUUCCAAAUCAAUAAUAACCAAAACUUUACUAUCGAGUUUUGAUACUUUCACAGAACGUAUAAGUUCAUUCAAAGAUAAAUCUUGGAGUUUCAGAUUUUAUCUCCAAUCUGUAAGAAUUGAUGACAACAAUUGCUCAGAUUUACUUAAUUCUGAAAAGAUAAUCAGUCAUUCGAAAUUUGCAGUAAGUCUUUCUGAGCUAAAUUCAACCAAAAUUGAAAUAACAAAUUCAAUCCAGUUGACGCAGACAUUAAACAAUAUUUAUAAUUCCGAAUAUCCAAUAGCUUACUGGAUAAAUAUUGAUGCUCAAAAUAACUCGAAGUUGAAAAGCUUUGAAAAUGAUCUCAUCAUAAUUGAUCUUACCGGUCAAACUUUAAAGAACCAAUUAAGAAUACUAUCAGAGGAUCAUAUUAUCGACGGUCCUAUAUCAAAAUUUGUCAAUUAUGCAUAUUGUCACAGUAAGUGUCUUCAUAUAAGUCAUUUACAAUCUAUUGACAGCGAUACUGAAGGCUUGCUUAGAGUAUUUGAAAUCAUUAAUGCUACUGACACUCCAUAUAAAAGAAAAUAA